AUGGCCACUCGUAUCAUCGCAGCAUGGUAUUUCGUCCAUCAAGACAGGCCGUCCUUCCCAUCCGUAAAUUUCAACGCCUUCGACCCGUUCGACGACGCGACGAAUGCCCACCUGGACGUUCAAGAUGACCACUUCAAGCUCGUAUGCGAGCUAGGGGCCGCAAGCACCGUCCUUCUAAAGAACGAGCGCGGGGCACUUCCGCUGGGAAGGAAAGACCAAAACAUCGCGCUCAUCGGCAGUGACGCAGGCCUGGGACGCGCAGGACCUGAUCAAUUCGCGGACCAGGGUGGCUCGGACGGCGUUCUUGCGAUGGGAUAG